GGAAGCUGUAUGUUGAGUGAGUGACGAGGGAGAUUAAAGCUACUGUGACAGAACACAAGUGUCUCCACAAACUGUAGUGAUCUUGUGUAAUUGGACACUGCAUUCUGUUACGAUGACAUCCCGUGGAGAUUGAUAAAGGACAGAGGACUAUUCCUAUAGACGUUGUGGUUACAUUGAACAGGAUUUCGUCGCGGCGGCGGUAGAAUAUUCCAUAAAUACACAGAUCUGCAGAUGGGUCAGGGUUUGUGGAGGGUGGCGAGGAACCACCAGCUGCAGCAGGACUUUGGUGAUCCGUGCUACCUGCCACAGGAGCGUGAGGCACAGAGAAUGGGGCAGACGGCGGGCGAGCACCUCGCCGCUCGCCGCAGUGCACCGCACUGCCAGGUGCCCGGCUCCGACAUCAGCCACCUGCUGCGCGUGCGCAAGGGCAAGGGCGAGCAGGGCUUUAUCGACCUGGAGAUGCUCCCGCCCGAGCUCAGCAUCACCAUCCUGUCCUACCUGAAUGCCACCGACCUGUGCCUGGCCUCCUGCGUGUGGCAAGACCUGGGCAACGAUGAGUACCUGUGGCAAGGGUUGUGCAAGUCCACUUGGGGUCACUGUUCCAUAUACAAUAGAAGGGUGCCCGCAGGCUUCUCCUAUAGGAAGCUCUAUAUGCAGCUAGAUGAAGGAAGUCUGACAUUCAAUGCUAACCCACAGGAGGGUAUCGGUUACUUCAUGUCUAAAGGCAUCCUGGUCGACCACCCGCAGGAAAUAGCCAAGUUCAUAUUUUACACGAGAACGCUGAACUGGAAGAUGCUGCGGAUUUAUCUCGAUGAACGGAGAGACGUCCUAGAUGAGUUGGUUACACUGCACAACUUCAGCAACCAGUUCUUGCCCAAUGCGCUGCGGGACUUCUUCAGGCACAUCCACGCCCCAGAGGAGCGGGGCGAGUACCUGGAGACGCUCAUCACCAAGUUCUCUCACCGCUUCUGUGCCUGUAACCCCACACUGGUGCGCGAUGUUGGCCUCAGCCCAGAUGCAGUGUACGUGCUCUGCUACUCGCUCAUCCUGCUGUCCAUCGACCUGACCAGCCCGCACGUCAAGAACAAAAUGUCCAAGCGGGAGUUCAUCCGGAACACACGCCGCGCCGCCCAGAACAUCAGCGAGGACUUUGUGGGUCAUCUCUACGACAACAUCUACCUGAUCGGUCAUGUAGCCGCUUAAAAAACAACCCAGCUGGUAGAAGCAAGAGAGUGAGCAGUUGGCAAAUGUAGUAUGUAUAUAUAUAUAUAUAUAUAUAUAUAUAUAUAUAUAUAUAUAUAUAUAUAUAUAUAUAAAUGUAACAACUGAUGUUGCUAUAAGAUAUAUUGUUAUAUAUACAUAUACAUAUAAGAAGAUUUCAAACGACAGCACUGAGAAGAACUCUGCUAUGGGGAAGAGAGGGCACUCGGAGCAACGCACGUCUGUCCCACCCGGGCUCGGGAAGCUUUGGUGUUUCAAUACUGGUGUAACCUACACAGACAGGGCAGCACUGAGAAUUCCAGCGGGUUGACCCGCAGUGGGAGGGAGAGUAGGCAGACAGGCUAAUAAGCUGGCAUAAUACGGCACAGUAUAUCCUCAGCAGUAGUAUACAGUAUAAACAACAGCAAAAAGCUUAACCGUACAGGUUCGUAGCAAACUUACUUAACAACCGAGUCUCCAGACACAUGCUAUAAAAUCAGCUGUAACUGAAUAUUACAAGUACCAUUAUUGCUGGUAGUCAUAGAGUGAACAUAUACGAUCGGCGAGUUUCAUAAUUUAUGAGUUUAGAGAAUAUUCCGUUCCAGUUUUUAAAUGAAUGUCAAUAUUUUUUUAACAGAAGGAUUGGUAGUGGUAUGAAAGAGGGCUUUCACUUGAUACACACAACCUUAACGUUUGCCCCAGCCAUUUGACCAUAGAUCGCCUCCAUUCUAUUCUUUUAAGAGGGGUUUGAGGGGGGAAAAAAGAAGUUAAGGGCAGAAUCUUGAGUUUUGAAUUGAGCCAAAGUUGUGUUAAAUGAAGAAUUUGUGUUUGUGCUUGUCAUCUUCACAAUCACUUGUUACAGAUUGUUGCCACUCUCCCACUCCACCUUGUAAAUGAAGCACUAAGUUACCUACGUGGCACUGUAGGAAGUGAAUGUUUUCAUCCUUUGGUUAGGUUUUCCCUCCAUAUUUGUAGUCUCACCCACUCUGCUCUUGAUAACACCGACUGUGAAUAUACAGUAUGUCUCUUCAUCUAUCGCCUUCACUCUUUGUUUCUCACUUGCUUUCUAAAGCUUUGAAGAGUCAUCUGGAACAUUAACGUUGCUCAGUUGCUUUGACUAGACAGGAUUGUUUCUGCUCUCGGAACAAGAAUGCACUUUACUAUGCUCCCUCCAGCCUUUCACCUUGCUGUCUAGCACAUCUGAAGGACUUAACUUCUCACCAUUGACUUUAUGAUUUGGUUUAGAUCUUUUGUUUGUUUUCUUUUCGAGUAGAGUGCCAAUAGGUAUGUGUUGAGAUGACAGAACUGACAUGCAAGCAUCAACAAAACAUUCACUGAGUUUUGAAGAAACAUUGUUUUGUUUUAUUUGCACAUCAUGUAUAUAUUUAAGUAUAGAGAUUUAUAAACAUAAAAUUUUAUUUUGAAGUAUUUUAAACUAAAUGCUUGUGUUUUUCCUCUCGGUAAAUGGAGUCAAGCUUCCAUUUUGCACUUCUUUGAAAUUUGUACCUGAACGUAGUUGUGUGAAUACUCAACCACAAGCAGAAAUCUUGUUUCUAUCUUCAUAUUUUUCCACAUUGCAAAUGGAAGUGAUUGAGAUUAAUCUUGAGCUAUAUGAAGUGGCUGUGAUCGACAGAAAUUGCAACAGCAUAUUCUGCUGCAUAAACAUGUUAUUUUCAGCUAGUUUUUCUGUAUGCAUAGGACUCAUGGUUGUGUAGGAAAUUGCCAUGUUGUUCAAGCUGCAUAUCUAAGGCAAACUUGCUAAAAUUAUGAUAUAACAUUCAAGACUGGUUUUUGAAUUACACUGGACUAAAACACUUUUAGAUUGUAUAAAAAUAAAACUUUCUGAAAACACUG